UAGCAAUCACCAAAAACACUGCUGCCUGUCGUUGCGCACGGAUCAGGGGGAGAAGGAGAGUGCAACUACUUUGUAUAAAUACACGUAGGCAUGAUUCUACUGUACUGAACCUGGUAAAAACGAGGUUCGGCAAAAGCGUUACUCCGGAUCCGUUUUCCGUGGCUUUCUCAUACCACUACGACUCCUUGUUUACUUUGACCUCAACAUCAUCUCUCGACCUUUUUCCAUUCGCCCGUCCAGCAAUAUCAUUGUCAUUUACCGCCCGACGUCGCACCACAAAGUCAUCAUAAAAAAGGUCUUGACAAGCACAUCCCUGUCAAAAGGACAAACAAAAUGUUUCAUACCCUCGGUGCCUUUUGGAAUCAAUCCUUCUUCCUCCCUCAACCGACGCUGACGGAGAAGAACCUCCCGGACCAGACCGGCAAAGUCUUUAUCAUUACCGGCGCCAACACGGGCAUCGGCUACCACGUCGCGGCGAUCCUGUACUCGCUCAACGCCAAAGUCUACGUCGGGGCGCGCUCGGAGUCCAAAGCCACCGAGGCCAUCUCGUCGAUCAAGAAACUCCACCCUUCAUCCAAGGGCGCUUUGGAGUAUCUGCACCUCAACCUCUCUGACCUCACCACCAUCAAAGGCACGGCCGAAGAGUUCAUGCGCCGCGAGUCGAAACUGCACUGGUUGGACAACAAUGCCGGCGUCAUGAUUCCACCCGCGGGGUCCAAGGGGGCUCAGGGCAUGGAUCUCCAGUUCCAGACCAACAUCCUGGGUCCGUUCCUGUUGACCAAGUUGCUCCUUCCGGUGCUCAAGCGCACGGCCGAGUCCGAGCCAACGGGAACAGUCCGGGUGAGUUGGGCUGGUAGUCUCGCCGUGGACCUGGGCAGCCCCAAGGGUGGCAUGGCGUGGAAGAGUGCGUCCGACGGCGUCUCGACACUGGACGACUCACAUGGUAUCCGGACCAAUUAUGGAAUCAGUAAAGCCGCGAAUUAUUUCCUGGGGAAUGAGUUCGCCAAGAGGUUCGGUGAGAGGGACGGAGUGAUGCAUAAUUCGUACAAUCCCGGAAACCUCAAGUCGGAUCUCCAGCGCCAUACCAGCGGGCUCGUGCGACGCCUCAUAGACCUGAUACUGUACCCGGCCGUGUUUGGUGCUUAUACCGAAUUGUACGCGGGCUUGUCGCAGGAAUUGACCAUGAAGGGUGAUCAAGGUCUCUUCAUUGCACCGUGGGGUCGUCGUGCUUCGGUGAGGAAGGACUUGGAGGAUGAGGUGGUCAAGGAGGAUGGGCAGGCGGCGAAAUUGUUCGAAUGGUGCGAUCGCGUCACGAAAGAGUAUGCUUAGGAGGGGGCGGUGUGCUCGGUAAAUACCUGUAAUCAACGAGGCGGGUGUUGGACUUGAAAACUUUGGGUAGGUUGAUAUGAUUGCUUUUGAUUGUGUUGAAUAGAUCCCCCCGGAUGUCAGAGGAGUAUUCAUCUGGAAUCAUGUGUGAAUUGCACGAUUGGCUUGUCUUUGCAGUUUGCUUAUAAGAAUCUGACCCAUUGCCAGAACAGACUCUCUAAUGAACGUCGGAAAAUAGCAUUGAAUGACUUCUGAUGUCCUAGGUAUGUAGGUAAAUUUAC